AUGGCCUCAAUUCACAUCAAGAUUCGAGUCAAGAUAUCGAAAUAUCUCCGGACUCAACCUUGCCCUCUGAAUUCCUUGGGCCCUGAAAAUGUCUCGCUCGAUGCUAUCGUCUGCUGCUCGCCAGCUAUGGCGGCAGCGCUCCCCUCGUACGGGAGUUCCUGCCUUCCCAUCAGCAACACCUCGUUCGAGCAUCUCCGCAUCGUUGAGCGAUUCUACCCCCCGCCGGUUGAUAUCCUACGCCAUCUGCGAGUCGAAGGCAAACCGAAUCACUUCCCCACGGAGAUCCCUCCCCGCAUUCAUGCAAGGUGUGGAAAACAGGGCUUCCCGUCCGCUCAGCCGUACUUAAGCCACACGCCGGGAGUCACCGAUCCUACGUCGUCUCCGUCUGUCCUCAAAGAAGAGAACCCAUACCACCAUCUCCGCAUCACAGUUACCAGCGGAGGAUGCCACGGGUUCCAGUAUAUGAUGUCCCUGGAGGCCGCUUCGAAGAUCGACCCGGAAGAAGACACUGUCUUCGAGGCGGAAUUCUCCCCCGAGGAAGGAUCGUCUGAGGCCGCCGGUCAGGCUAAGGUAGUCAUGGACGAGCCUUCUUUAGAGCUCCUGUACGGAAGUACAGUAGACUACACUAUGGAGUUGAUCGGUAGUCAGUUCAAAAUCGUCGAUAAUCCCCGGGCGACGAGUAACUGCGGCUGUGGAACUAGCUUUGAUGUGACUGAUUAA